UAUGGAUUAUUUCAGAGCUAUUGUAAAAUCAGGAGAAAUUAGUGAAAGAGUAUAUGAUUUAACAGGUAUCAUAAUUAAUAAAUUGGUAUCAAAUUAUAAUGCCUAUAUUAUAAGAAGAAAAUGUUUAAGAUAAAUGAAUUUAGAUUUAAAUAAAGAAAUGGAAUUUAUAAAUCAGGUUACAAUUGCAAAUUAGAAGGUUUAUUAAAUUUGGUAAGAUAAUAUUUGAUUAUUAUUUAGGGAACACAGAAGAUAGGUAAUUGAAGAAUUGAAUGAUUUUAAAGGUGAAAUUGAAUUUCUCCAUUAAAUUUUUGAUAUAGAUAAUAAGAAUUAUCAUGGAUGGACAUAUCGAGUUUGGUUAUGUGAAAAAUUUAAAUUAUACAAUUAAGAAAUAAAAGAUAUCUAAUAUUAUUUAGAAGAAGACAUUGGUAAUAAUUCUGCUUGGAAUUACAGGUAUUUUUUAUUAACAAAAAUGCCUUUUGAUUUCAAUACAGAAUUAGAAUAUAUUAAAAAUGCUAUUAGAUUGGAAUAAGAUAAUGAAGCAUCAUGGAAUUAUUUGAGAGGGUGGUUUAAAAUGUUUAAAUUCAAAAAUGAUUAAGAAAAUCCAUAUAAAACAUAUGUUUAAUAUAAUUUAAAAGAUUUUAACUUGUUUGAUUUUUUAAAGGAGAUGAGAUUCUCUAAUAGAUUUGCAUUAAGUUUAUAAAUUUAAUAUCUAUUAUUUGAUGGAAAAUUUUAGGAUGCAAUAUAAAUAUGUGAAUAACUUCAGAAUUAUGAUCUUAUUAGAAUAAAAUAUUGGUAAUAUAUAAAGAAUUAAAUAAUUGAAUUGAUUUAGUGA